AUGGAUGACGUUGACCCUAUAAUCACCCUAGUACUGAGCUGUAACUUACCUUCCAGUUCAGUGCCUAAGGACUACCAGCACAUCCUGGCCUUAGCCUUUGCUGUAAAAGAGAUAAAUGAGAACCCCAACAUCUUACCAAACAUUUCUCUAGGAUUCCACAUUCUUAAUAGCUGCACUGCUAGCAUGACCUAUAAGGCCACCCUGAGCCUGCUUUCUAAACAAAAAAGAUUUUCUCCUAACUUCAAGUGUCAAAAUCAGAACAAUCUGGUAGCUGUUGUUGGAGGAUGCAUCUCUGAAAUCUCUGCCAAUGUGGCCAUUAUUUCAGCAAUCCACAAGACACCACAGAUGGUCCCCAAUGAAGCCCAGCAGCACAAAGGACUUGUCCAGUUACUCCAGCAUUUCAGAUGGACCUGGGUUGGGCUUUUUGCCGUGGAUGAUGACAAAGGGAAUAGGUUUUUACAGACAAUAGUGCCAACUCUUACGCAGAAUGGUAUCUGUUAUGACUUUAUAGUCCAUCAUUUUCUAAGGACCAUGUUGUUCAACAAUAGUGCUGGGGAUUCUGUGUGUUUUGAUGAUAAUGGAGAAUUAGUUACAGGUUUUGAUGUAACAAACUGGAUUAUUUCUCCGAAUGGUUCAUUGUUUAGGGUCAAAGUUGGAAGACUGGACCCUCAGGCACCUUUAGGAAAAGAGUUAAGCAUAAAUGAUGAUCAAAUUGUGUGGCAUAAAGUAUUUAAUGAGGUGCUUCCCCUUUCUGUGUGCAAUGACUACUGCUAUCCUGGAUACAGCAGGAAAAAGAAGGAAGGGGAGAAAUUUUGCUGCUAUGAUUGUGCUCCAUGUCCAGAAGGGAUGAUCUCUCAGUAUAAAGAUAUGGCUGCCUGUGUGAAAUGUCCAGAAGAUGAGUACCCCAACCAUGGCCAAACUCAAUGCAUUCCCAAGGUCCCAAGCUACCUCUCUUAUGAAGAAGAUUUAGGACUCAUCUUAGUUAUCUUGACCAUUAUCUUCUCUCUGACCACAACAUUAGUACUUGGGACUUUUAUGAAGCACAAUAACACUCCCAUAGUCAAAGCCAACAAUCGGACACUCACCUACACCCUCCUCAUCUCCCUCCUGCUUUGUUUCCUCUGCUCCUUUCUCUUCAUUGGACAGCCUGGGAAGGUCACCUGCCUUCUCCGACAAAUCACUUUUAGCAUCAUCUUUUCUGUGGCCCUUUCCAGUGUUUUGGCAAAAACCAUUACUGUGCUGCUGGCAUUCAUGGCAACCAAACCAGGAUCCAGGAUCAGGAAAUGGAUAGGGAAAAGACUGACAAAUUCUAUUGUCCUUUUCUGCUCAUUUAUUCAGGCUUCCCUUGGUAUGCUUUGGUUAAGUGCAUCCCCUCCAUUCCCAGAUACGGAUAUGCACUCACUGCAUGGGGAAAUCAUACUUGAAUGUAAUGAGGGUUCAGUGGCCAUGUUUUAUGGUGUCUUAGUCUAUAUGGGUUUGCUGGCCACUGUCAGCUUCAUCUUGGCUUUCCUUGCCAGGAAGUUACCUGACAGUUUCAAUGAGGCCAAAUUUAUCACUUUCAGCUUGCUGGUGUUUUGUAGUGUUUGGUUGUCCUUUGUUCCCACCUAUCUGAGCACCAAAGGAAAAUAUAUGGUAGCUGUGGAGAUCUUUUCCAUCUUGUCCUCUGGUGCUGGGUUACUGGGUUGCAUCUUUUCCCCUAAAUGCUACAUUAUCAUAUUCAGACCUCAGCUUAACACUAGGGAACAACUAAUUGGCAAAAAAGGUAAAAGAACAUGA